AUGCAGCCUCCUCCUCCCAAUCUCCUCCGCGCCCUCUCCCUCCUCCUCAUCUUCUUCACCCCAUCCAUCUCAACCGCUUUCUCCCCCGCCCACAACGUCACCCUCUUCGAAGACGCCUUCUGGAGCAGCCCCCACCGCGACUCCAUUUCCCUCACUAAACACAAAGACUGCACCGCCCCGCCCCCGCCCCCGCCGCCGCCUCCUUUCGGCGUGGGCCGAGCAUUCUACUCGAAGCCAGUCCGCUUCCUCGACCACUCCACCAGAGCCACCGCCUCCUUCUCCUGCCGCUUCUCCUUCACCGCCACCACCCUCCCCAGCUCCUGCCCCUCCGGCGACGGCAUCGCUUUCCUCAUCACCUCCACCACCGCCGCCUCCAUCCUCAUCGAUUUCCCCCCUCAAGAUUCCUACCUCGCCGUCGAAUUCGACACCAACGACAACCACAUCGCCAUCUCCGUCGACAAUUCCAUCACCCCGGUCUCCUCCUCCGCCGCCGGAAUCAGCCUCAAAGACGGAAAAGAGGUAACCUCGUGGAUCGAAUACCGCCACUCCGACGCCAUGAUCAGGGUCUGGAUCAGCCAUUCCAACCGAAUUAGGCCCCGGAACCCCAUCCUCGUCACCAAAAUCGAUCUCUCCGAUCGCUUCAAAGAGUUCAUGAGCGUCGGAUUCACCGCCGCAAAUGUCAGAGGCUCCUCCGCCUACACCGUCGAGCGCUGGCGAUUCAAGACCUUUCUUGGAAAUAUCCCUCCCACAAUCGCCAUGGACGCCGUCAAAACAGGGGAUUGCUCUGUCUGCUCCCAAUUCGACACCAGCAUCGAAUUCGGCUCCUUCGCCAAUAACCCUCCCUUGAGAAAGGAGAUUCUCAUCUUGCUUGUUGUUCUAGCUUCCUUCGCCGCGCUCACAGUCUUAUUCGCCGCCGCCAUUGUUGCCUGCGUCUGCGUUGUUCGUCGCCCGGGAGGGCAGAAACAGAGCCAGCCGUAUCGAUUUCAGAACGGGAAGAUGGUGCCGAUGAUGCUAUCUCUCAGUGAAAUCAGAUCAGCCACGAAUGGAUUCAACCACGAUCAGAUCAUCGGAGAAGGCGGCUCAGCUGUUGUGUACGCCGGCAAAAUCCCUCAUUGUGGGACUGUGGCGAUCAAGCGUUUCAACCAAGACGAUAAUCACUACGAUUCAUCGCUCUCACAAGUCCCUUUCAACACCGAGUUUGCUACAAUGGCAGGUUGCUUGAAGCAUAAAAAUCUACUGCAGCUGCAGGGGUGGUGUUGUGAGAGGAAUGAGCUUGUUCUUGUCUACGAAUACAUGGCUAAUGGCAGCCUCGACAAGAUCCUCCACGGCCGGGAUCCUUGCUCGUCUCGCCUCUUGACGUGGGAGAAGCGCCUCAGCAUCAUCCAUGGCGUUGCGGCCGCGCUGAUCUACCUCCACGAGGAGUGCGAGAGCCAGAUCAUCCACCGAGACGUCAAGACUUGCAACGUACUCCUCGAUGCAGAGUUGAAUCCGAAGCUUGGCGAUUUCGGGCUUGCUGAGGUCCACCGGCAUAGUAUGAGGGGUCGGGAAAUGGCGAGAGCUACGUUCCCGGCUGGGACAAUGGGGUAUCUUGCUCCCGAGUACGCCUUCUCGGGCAUCCCCACAGUGAAGACGGACGUAUACAGCUUCGGGGUCGUGGUGCUCGAGGUGGCCACAGGGAGGCUCCCCGUGGACCAGGGGGGUUGCCUUUUGAUUGAUCAUGUGUGGGGACUGUGGGAGACGGGGGUGCUGGUUGAUGCGGCUGAUCCGAAGCUCAUGGGGCGGUUCGGGAAGGGGGAGAUGGAGAGGAUGCUUGUGGUCGGGUUGGCGUGCGUGCACCCUAACGGUGAUAUGAGGCCGAGGAUGAGGGAGGCUGCGCGGAUGCUGAAAGGGGAGGCGCUGCUCCCGGCCUUGCCAACGAAGAGGCCGGCUGUGAUGGUUCAGUCUGUUGUGGUGCCUCAGUCAGCUGAGGAAAUGGUGGUGACUGGUGAGGAGACUGAUACACCAUGGUCUACUCCUAGAACACACUUCAGCAAGAAUCAGUACCAUCCUGAUAAUAUUGCUUGA